AUGCACGCGCCGGAGUUUGUCGAGAUCAUUCUGGAGAAGACACCAGACGGGCCAUUCAGUCUGGAGGGGUGCCCUGCAGAGGUGGACAGCAACCAAGACCCCAUCGUGCUGCACGUCGCCUACACGAGGGAGGUGGAAACAAUGCGAAGGGUGCUUCAGUGGUUCCACACAGAGAGCUCGCGAAUCAGCGAGGAGUUCCCAGACGGUGACACUGGGGCCAGUUUGACUCUGCCAUCAUUCUUGAGCAAGCAGGACAGGGCAGCGUGGCACCACAUUGCAGCAGACCUAAAGCUUGGAUCGAUGUCAGAGGGCACUGGUGAAGAUCGACACCUGAAGAUCUUCACGGCCAGCCACAAGGCCACAGGUAGCUGUGAGCUUGACCUCACUGAGGACCAGUUAAAGGAGGUCAAAAAGAUCUGGAAGUGGUGCCAGAUGGAAAGGGGGCGCUUCGCAAGCAUCAGUCAACAGGAGAUCGGACAAAUGAUGUUGUCUCCAAACGGGCUUAGCGAAGAGCUUCGCAGCCUUCAGAGCAAAUUGGAGCAGGCACGGCAGGUGGCGCAAUACCUCCAGCUGGGGGACAUGAACGGUGCUUCGCAACUCUUUGGCAAGAAUCGGGACUUGGUGUGGUGUCGUGAUGAAAUCACUGGUGGCUAUCCGAUACAUCUUGCUUGCUGGCAUGGCAUGACCGACCUGGUCGACUGGCUGGCCCAGUUUCAAGGCAUGGUAAAAGUAACGGACGCCAGCUAUGCCACCCCUGUGGACGUUGCAAGGGCCAAGGGCUACACAGACAUCGUCGACAUUUUGGUCCAGUAUGGUGCCCCGAGCGAGGAGAAUGGAAGGCUGAAGUCAAUGCCCCACCUCCAACGGCCGCGGUACAACUCCUUCAAGUCGGAUGAGCAUCGGGACAUGGCCGUGAGGCUGAAUAACAGGGGUGGAGAAAGCACAAGGAGUGAGUCAGGCAGGAGCGAGAGGUCCAAGCAGGUAAACAGCGAUGGGUCGUAUUACAAUGACGAGGCUGGGCGGUACGAAUGGAAGGAUCCCACUACGGCGGAGGUGUACGUGUGGUUGGGUGGGAAAUAUGUGCUGGAGGCGCAGGUGCAGAACGUGACCGGGGAACAAGCAAGCACCACGGAUGGCGACCACACUGCUGCCAACAGGCAGGUGAGCUUCACUGCCAGCAACAGAGCCGAAUCGGAACAGAACAGCUGUGCUGAAAGUGGAACGACGUCAACAGAGGCGAGUGCUGCUGGGGCAUCGAGUGCAGAGGGGGGUGCAAAGCCAGUAUGGAAUGAGGCCAAGCAUGAGUGGGAGUACCCGGGGUUCCCUGGGUGGCGAUGGAACGAGGUCACACAGCAGUGGGAGGAGUCGGCAGGGUCCCAGCCGCAAGUGCCAGAUGCGGGCAGCUCCCGGGAUGCUGCAGCAGCUUCGACACAGAAUGUUGUUGAAAAAAAUGUGGGUGCCGGGGCUGACCUGUUGCACAUUCCCAAUGCCACUGUUGGUGACGUGGGGGAGUGUGGUGCUGCUGGGGCGUCGGCUGAGGUGCAUUCGGUGGCAAGUGGGGCUUCAGAGGGGGCUGCUGGGUGUGCUGGGGAUGAUCAGCAUGGGUGCACGUGGGACGCCACCUUGAAGCGGUGGGUGAAGGACGGGUGGUCGUACAAUAAUGAGUCCAAAGCGUGGGAGCGGCUGUGA